UUCUUUGUGUUGUUGCCUACAGGAGCCACUGCUUGUGUUGAAUUGAAGAGAUUUCAAGAAGCAAUCACUUGGUGUGAUAAGGGAUUAGCUGUAUCCUUUGAAGGAACCUUUCAUUUUUAACCGUGGGUAUAAUGGAAAAAAGGUUUCCAUAAUUUGAUGUUUUAAGGGAGAAAAUACAAAGAAGGGUAUUAAUUAUGAUGGGAACUUGUCAGCUCAUAUAUUUUAAGUGUGUGUGAUUAAAAACAUAGGAGAAGUUAUUACCUCAUGACUUAUUAAUGAAAUUACUCCUUUUAGCCAAUUUGACUUAGUUCUACUAUCCAUGCCAAUAACUGGUACAUUAGUUUUGAUAACCCUUUAAUUCACAGACCAAAUUUGUAAUUAUCCUUACUGUCAAUCAUACAAUUCUUGUAAUGUUAGUAAAGAGAAUUCAAUAUUGCAUCAACUAACUAUUUUUAAACUGAUAUAUUUUUUUUUACUCUCAACACUUAUCUGAUUGAUAUUGUAUUGCUAUUGUAAGGAGAAAUUCUCUUUUGGUCACUCACGGGAGUUAAAGGGUUAGAAGACUAAUAUUCAUCCAGUUUAUACAUGGUAGUUGGGUAGAUGAUCUCUCUAAAACAAGCCAGAACAAAAAGCUCGGUAAUGUUUACAUAUCUUAAGCAGAUUUUCUUGCCUUGGACCUUUUUUCACUACUUAGAGACUCAGAAACUUUCGUUGUGCUUUCCUAUGGACAAAUAAAAAUUUUAAAGACAUGUAUUUGAGUUAUAGACUCAUUUCUUCCACUGUUGUAAAACAUUUGUCUGAUGUUAAAGCUAUAUUAAUUUAAAAAUUGAGCAAGUGCUGCUCAGUUUUCAUAACUGACUUUAAGACUGAAUGUUGAUAAAUCAUCUAAUCAUCGCUCUUGUUCAGAGGCUUGGGAACCAAGCACGCAAAUGUUAAAUGGACUAUUACAUAUCAAUAUGAUCAGAAACAUAAUCUUUUUUGUUUUUUCCACAUUUUUAACCCUUAACAUAAAAAAAGAUUAACAGAAAUAAUAGGAUCUUGUUGUCAUUAAGACUUCAGUCGGUCAGUGAAGUGGGAGAAAAGUCCAUGGAGGAAAAAGAUCCUAUUAGUCAUGACCACGGUAGUGCAAGUUCAGGUGAUGUCAAUGAAGUCAUAGAUCUCUAUAAUCAGGGAGAAGAAGCCAUAGAGUACCUCAACCUACAUCUUAAAAAAGCUAAAGAAGUAGGAGACAAGCAUGGGGAGAGUAACACUUAUGGUAAUCUUGGCAAUGCUUAUUUUAGUCUGGGUGAUUCCAAAAAAGCCAUAGAGUACCAUAACCUACAUCUUAAAAUAGCUAAAGAAGUAGGAGACAAGCAUGGGGAGGGUUGUGCUCAUGGCAAUCUUGGCAAUGCUUAUCACCGUCUGGGUGAUUUCAAAAAAGCCAUAGAGUACUACAACCUACAUCUUAAAAUAGCUAAAGAAGUAGGAGACAAGCAAGGGGAGGGUUGUGCUCAUGGCAAUCUUGGCAGUGCAGUUUUUAGUCUGGGUGAUUUCAAAAAAGCCAUAGAGUACCACAACCUACAUCUUAAAAUAGCUAAAGAAGUAGGAGACAAGCAUGGAGAGGGUCACGCUUAUGGCAGGCUUGGCAAUGCUUAUUUAAGUCUGGGUGAUUUCAAAAAAGCCAUAGAGUACUACAACCUACAUCUUAAAUUCGCUAAAGAAGUAGGAGACAAGCAUGGGGAGGGUAACUCUUAUGGCAAUCUUGGCAUUGCUUAUUUAAGUCUGGGAGAUUUCAAAAAAGCCAUAGAGUACCAAAACCUACAUCUUGAAAUAGCUAAAGAAGUAGGAGACAAGCAUGGGGAGGGUAACGCUUAUAGCAAUCUUGGCAAUGCUUAUCACUGUCUGGGUGAUUUCAAAAAAGCCAUAGAGUACCACAACCUACAUCUUAAAUUCGCUAAAGAAGUAGGAGACAAGCAUGGGGAGGGUAACGCUUAUGGCAAUCUUGGCAUUGCUUAUUUAAGUCUGGGAGAUUUCAAAAAAGCCAUAGAGUACCACAACCUAGAUCUUAAAAUAGCUAAAGAAAUAGGAAACAAGCAUAGAGAGGGUAAAGCUUAUGGCAAUCUUGGCAAUGCUUAUCACUGUCUGGGUGAUUUCAAAAAAGCCAUAGAGUACCGCAACCUACAUCUUAAAAUAGCUAAAGAAGUAGGAGACAAGCAUGGGGAGGGUAACGCUUAUGGCAGUCUUGGCAAUGCUUAUCUUAGUCUGGGUGAUUUCAAAAAAGCCAUAGAGUACCACAACCUACAUCUUAAAAUAGCUAAAGAAGUAGGAGCGAAGCAUGGGGAGGGUGUUGUUUAUGGCAAUCUUGGCAAUGCUUAUUUUGGUCUGGGUGAUUUCAAAAAAGGCAUAGAGUACAACAACCUACAUCUUAAAAUAGCUAAAGAAGUAGGAGACAAGCAUGGGGAGGGUGUUGCUUAUGGCAAUCUUGGCAAUGCUUAUGGCCGUCUGGGGGAUUUCAAAAAAGCCGUGGAGUACUACAAUGUACUUCUUCUAAUAGCUAAAGAAGUAGGAGACAAAUCCUUGGAGGCAAUGGCCUACCGUUCAUUAGGAUGUGUUUUUGAGUUGCAAGGGGUACUGCCAAAAGCCGUUGAACAUUACCAAGCUAGCAUAAACUUAUUCAAUUCCUUGAGAGUACUUCUAAUAUCUAAAGAUGAGUGGAAAGUUAAUUUUCGAAAUCAGCAUCAAAUGGCGUAUACGGGUUUGUGGAGAGUUCUCGUAGAACAAGGUUAUGUAGAUGAAGCCUUAUUUGUUGCUGAGAAAGGACGAGCUCAAGCUCUGACCGACCUCAUGGAAUCCAGGUUUUGUGGUGGAACAAGUCACUACAAGGGAGAAGAUGAAGAUUGCGCAGUUUUAAAAAACGUUCCAUCAAACACUGUCUUUCAGGCAGUGGACAAAGCUAACGUCAAUCUUUGGGUUGUGUCCGAAGGAAAACAAGUUCAGUUAAGACAAAGUAAACUCAAAGGUUUUGUUUCAGAGAAUAGUGGAUCUAGCCUGUCCUUUGAGUCGUUCAUGCUCGGUGUCUAUACACAACUUGGUGUUCGUUCUGAUGUGAGAUGCGAGAAUCGAUCUUUAGAUGCUUUGAGGGAGGGCCGUUCGAAAGUGGAUGAGAAAACCAAAGAAGCCAAGCCUCAACCUCAUAUCCAACAAGACGAAUGCUUGAGCACUUUGUAUGAUAUCGUUAUGAAGCCGGUGGCUGACUUGAUUGAAGGGGAUGAGCUACUCAUUAUUCCUGAUGGACCCCUGUGGAUCGCUCCUUACGCUGCAUUGAAGGAUGGUAAUUCUAAAUACCUGUGUGAAUCGUUCACAAUCCGAGUCGCUCCAUCGUUAGCAAGUCUUAGACUCAUUGCCGAUUGCCCUGAUGAUUAUCACAAAAGCAGCGGUGCGUUACUUGUAGGAGAUCCGUGGGUAUCCGAGGUUACUAACAGCGAGGGAAAGAAGGUCUUCGAGCAGCUUCAGUAUGCUAAAAAAGAAGUAGAAAUGAUCGGAAAAAUUCUGAAUAUCACUCCAAUCACUGGCAGACAGGCCACGAAACGUGAGGUGUUGAAAAGACUCAGUUCCGUUUCCCUAGUUCACUUUGCGGCACACGGAUGUAUGGAAACUGGCGAAAUUGCUCUUACACCUGACCCACACCGAAUAUCUACUGUGCCAACGGAGGAGGAUUACAUUUUAACAAUUGGAGAUGUGUUGAAUGCUCAACUUCGGGCCAAACUUGUUGUGCUUAGUUGCUGCCACAGCGGCCGGGGCGAGAUCAAGGCUGAAGGUGUGGUUGGCAUUGCGCGCGCUUUUAUGGGGGCUGGUGCUCGGUCUAUUGUGGCUUCCCUGUGGGCGAUUGAUGACGAGGCUACUCUUGAGUUCAUGAAACACUUUUAUCAACAACUUGCAGGAGAUAAACCAGCAAGCGAGUCACUGAACCUGGCCAUGAAAAGCCUCAGAGAAUCAGACAAGUUCUGCGACAUCAAACACUGGGCGCCCUUUUUGCUGAUUGGAGAUGACGUCACUCUUGACUUCAUGGCAAAGGAAAGAGAAAAUUUGAAUAUGAAAUCACAUAAAUGA